AUGGAUAAUACAGUAUUACAAUAUUUUAGAGAGCAUCAUGUUCCUCAAGUGAAGGAUAAGCUAUUACAAGUAACGCAAGACUUGGCCAAAAAUGACGAUUUAUUAAACCAAAAUUUGAAAUUACAUUAUAAUGAUAUUUUGACCAUUACAAAAAAUGUAAACAAUUUAUACGUUGAUUUACAGGACAUUGAUACGAAAUUUAGACAGUUUUGUUUCGAUGAUGCUAAAUAUCAGUUGAAGAAAUUACCUGAGUUUUUACAAUAUUCACAAUUAAAAGAUAAAAAUACCGAUAAAGAUAAAGAUAAUAACGUAUAUGAUUCUAAUUCAAAGAACAUAGAUGAUAAGGAUAAGAACCAAAAUGAAAUAGAAUUGUUAUUGCUUAUCUCGCAGUGGUCAUUAUCUGUAUCUAAAUUCAUUUCUACAGCAGCUCAAUCAUUUCCUAACAAUAUAAAUGAAAAUACCAAUUACACCGAUAAUAUAUUUUCUAAUUCAAUGAUUGAGACUCUAUUUGAAAAAUUUGACAAGUUGAUUGAAGACAAUCAUAAAGAUAUAUCCCUUGUAGAUCCAAAUUUUAAAUAUUUCAAAUCAAUCAACGAGAAAAUUGUCUCUUUACAAAAACACUUAAUUACAAAUGCAAAUAUGAUUAAUUUGAGUCAUUUACAAUGGAUACGUUUCUUUAAUUUGAUAAAUAUAAAAUCAAGAGAUGUAUUACCUUGGGAUUCAGAUAUGGUAUCAAGACUAAAUGAUAUUAUUAUGGAUAAAAUUAUAAUGUUAGUACUUUCUGCUAAUGGCAAAUUUAAAGAUAAUGAUACGAUAAAUAAGUUUGUCGACUCUUCAGAGUUCAACCAAAGAUUGAUAACUCAUCUAAAGAACAAAAUUCAACAGAAUUUAACUAACUUGAAAGAUGUAAUAAAAUCAACUGCAAAUGGAGAAAUAGAACAAAAUAUGAUUUUAGAUAGAAAUGAAGAAUUGUCUUUGGUUGGAUACCUUGAUAUCAAUUCACUUAUACAUAAUUCCAAGUUAAUAUCACUUGGAUUGACUAAUGAAAGAAGACAAAAAAUUUAUGAUCUAGUGGAGCCUGUGAUUCAAAUGAUUCACAAUUUGAUAGAUUAUAAUUGUGACCAUGAAUCUUUGAAGUCUUUACAGAAUGAAUUGCUUGAUAUCUUGAAAGAACAAUGUUUAGCACAUAUUACUAUAGAUAAUGAUUCGAGAACUAAGAAUGAUGAUAUAAACUCAAAUACCACUGCUCUUAUUAAUAAUUAUGUUGAUUCGUAUCAUAAAGAUAGUUUUGUUCAUCUAAUUCAAUCUCAAAUACAACGAUUAGAGAGUUUACUUUAA